GGUGCGUUGAGUGACAAGUUUCGGUGGUUAGCGGCAGUUAGCAGCUAACGUGACGCAUGACACGAAUGAGACCGCGUUGCUUGGCCCGGUGGAUUUAAAGUUUCACUUUUAAGAUUCAAGUGUCACCUCAAUGCUAAACGUGUAGCAGCGAACACGGACGCCAGAGCUAACGUUAACGGGAGCAAGCAGUGUCGCCGACGCACUCUCCACCAGGUGACGGGUGUCAGAGCCAAGAUGAAUAAAAGCGCAUCAGGAGAAACGGGGGGAGAGAGAAGCAGCGCAGCACAUAAACACGACAACAGCCACGGUGACGGGAUGAAGGUGCUGACUUCACCGCAGGAGGUGGAGGGGGAGAACCGCUCACCUGCUGUGAGCUGUGAGAACAGACAAGAGGAGGAGGAGGAGGUGGAGGAGGACGCCCCCUUCUGCCCUGAAGAGGAACACACACAUGGCACAGAGAAGAACCACCCCGGGCCAGAGGGAGGAGUCAUAUGGAGAGUGGGCGGCGGCCUGUUUAGCAUGACACGAAGCGCUGUGGGUGCGACCCUCGGUGGUGUUGCAUGGGUAGGAACAAAAAGCUUUGAGCUCACCAAAACGGCUGUGACCAGCGUACCGGCAGCCAGCGUAGGACUGGUCAAAGGCAGCGUUUCUGUGGUUACAGGAGGCGUCGGCGCUGUGGGGUCUGCUGUGGCAAGUAAAGUCACACCAAGGAAGAAGGACAAAGCUGACUGAUGACAGUUGACUGUGUUGGAGCGCACGUGCGCGCGUUUAAUGCGAACAAGAUACCUCGGCUGCGUUGAAUGGAUUUUUAUCAUAGUUCCUCUGAUUCACUUUGUACAUUCACUCUUGCAGCAAUUAAGAAAGAAGAAAUCUACUUAUGGCGCUUUUCCAUUAUACAGUUCUAGCACGACUCGACUCUGCUCGGUUUGGUUUAAUUUGGUUUUAAUUCUUGUCACGUUCGUGACUCUUCCGGUGACGACACUCUCUGACCUGACCAACUGGUGGCCGACAUUCUGACGAUGUUACAUUUUGUGGAGAUUCUGAUUAUCAGAUGAGACGAAAGCUUUAUCGCAGACAGCUCAGGUCCAAGGAGAACUGAGACAAAUGUCAAACAUGAUAUUAAUAGUUGGGCUUCCUAUGUCAUUCUGCCAGUGAAUCUCGGAGUUAAGGUACAUCUUUGGUUUGCAGGAAAGGAGGCGUCCGGUCAAGACGUCUGGCGCCUUCCUUUGCUGAUACCUAGAGUCGACCUUGGGGAGGACUGCAUAUUUGAGUUAUCGGUCCUUUGCCCCAGUGAACGCAGGUUCAACACAGAUAUAAUGAGGAACACACACGAUGGCUGCCAGGGUAACACAGAGGCCUUUGUGAUUUGCCAGUUGCAGCUGGUCUAUACUGAGUCGUUAGGUUUAAAGAAGGCUAAAGGUACUAUCCCUAAUGGAAAAGCAAAAUAAAAAAAAAGUCUUAGAACUAUAUAAUGGAAAAGCCCCAAUAGAAAUCAGUUGUUUUCAAUAGAAAUGUGCUUCAUUAAGAAGCACUGGCAUCAGUGGUACUAAAGUAAUCCCAGAAUUCAACACUGGAGGAUAGAACGGGAUGCAACGUUAUGCAAAUAUCCCAUCAUUUAUGGAACACGUGAGAACUUCACAGAAAAGGACAAUACUCUAGUUCCAAUUAUAUUAAAGAAUGAGUCCAUGUAUUUCACACUUGUGUUACUUCAGUAUAGACACUGAUCUAAAACAACGUCAGUCCUCACAGGUUGGAUAUUAAAACCAGGUCCUGUUCAGAGAAUUAGACACAGGCGUAAGAAUGAAGUCCGAUUUUAACAGUCACAACUGACAUCAAUUCAGCAGUUCAACAGUUCAAAUCACGUUCUUCGAGUCUCAUUAUGAACUUGUUUCAGUGUUUCAACCAGUAUUUAUUUUUAUAUAUAUACAUAAAAAAAUGUUUUCAUUGUAUCCUGUUUAAGUUUGCUCUUCGGUGGCGAUAUUAGUGUGGGAGCUCUGUCUCGUAAGUUUGUUUGUCGCAUGGAUAGCACCACCUGGUGGACAUCCCAAACUGCACCAUGGCUCUGAAUCGUGUGAUCCCUUUUAUGCAUAAUAUUGGUCCCAAAACGGCUGUUUAAAAAAUACAAUAAGUGAAUAUAAACUUCUGAGAAGUCUGUGGACCUAAACGGAAUGCUAAAUAUUUACAAGGGGAUUCGUGAUUUUGUGUAACACAUUCCCGAUUAAUCGAGUGAUCAUUUCAUUCAACAUGCCAAACUCACAAUUUCAGUUAAAAACAGACUGCUGGAAAAUGGUUUUCUUUUACACAGACACAAAAAACAUCUGUAAAUAUGCUUGAAUCAGUUCAAAGGAUAGUCUUCAUCUAUAGUCCAUGUUCUGAUGCUACAAUAGGUGCCUACACAUCUUAAGGAAUUCUAGAAGACAUGGCAUAAAGAGGGUUUUUUAUAUAUAUAUACAUGUAAGUGAUUUUUGGUCCCAUCAUGAUAUAACAGUAUUUCACCUUUCACAUUUGCUUGAAUUCUGUAAUUUCAUUGUUGCUGUGAAGUUUAAAUCCUCAAUUUUGCUGCAUGCCUCUGAAUUGUUUGACAUUCAGACGAAAGGCUUUUUUCCUCUCUCUCUCUCUCUCUCUCUCUCUCUCUCUUUUAUUUUGGCCUCAGAUCCCCCACUCUAUCUCUGUCCCUUUCUGAUAGUUUGUAACCCUGAUACUUUUUAAAGCAGUUUUGUGUAUUAUAGAAUUAUUUUUGCAAAAGACUGAAUAUUCUGUGAAAAUAAAACAAAACAGCUGUGUUUUCUUUGAA